ACUUGGGCUAUAUAUAAGCCGGCGUGUGUCGUGCAAGAAAACCAGACAAACGCAGCAAUGAUGGCGCACCACUACAAUCCAGCCCCGCAGUUCGAUGCCUCGACUCCUCAGCAGCAGCAGCAGCAGCGACCACUCAGACGUGGCAGUCCAGCACCGAUGAUGGGCCAGCACCCGCAGUCUAAUAUGUACAGCAACCAGUACAGGCCAGACCUGCGCGCCCAUCAGCGCGUUCCGAUGGGAUGGGCCCCCUCGUCGGCCCAGAGCAGCCUACCACCUCCGGCAUCUCACAGCAGAAUCUCCUCGCCGGGCUAUGCUUCUUCGUCCAGCUAUGCAUCGGCGCCCAGCGAUGCAGCAUCCAGCUACGUGUCCGCGCCCAGCUACGCAUCCACGAUCUCCAUCUCGGCCGAACAGGCGCAGGCUGCCAUCGAGCGGUUUGGGUCCCCCUAUGCGACAAAUGCAGACUGGCGUCCAAGCGCGCACCUCGAGCCUCGCCUCAGCGUGCUCCCUUCGCUUGGCAUUGGCACGCGCAUCAAGCAGCGCUUCGCACGCUCUGCGGGGGACAUUUGGAACCCGCCCUGUCCGUGCUUUGUGCGGGCAGUGCAUCCCGGCGCCAUUCACCGCGGCAGUGCUUUCCAGCCGGUGCGAUGCAAGGGCAAAGGGGAACUGGCCUCGGAUGGAUUUGAGCCGGUGUUUCCCGGCAACAUCCUGGGGCCCCGCGACGUGUCGGCGGCGGACUGGCACCGCUUUCUGCAGGAUCUCGAGGUGUCCGGCCGGCUCACGGGUGCGCAAGAGGUGAUUGCGGGUGUGGCGCCGCUCACGAUGCACAUGGGCGCCACGGGCUACUUUGUGACCAAGGCCAUCAAGAAGAGCAUGGCACGCAAGCGCGAGCCCGUCAUCUUUGAGACGGUCGAGACGUGGAACGAGCGCUUCUUCCUCCCGCGCGGGCUCGACGUCUACAUCCGCAACAAGACCGAGCGACUCACGGCGACGUCCGUCGGUGGCCUCAUCGCGCCGCUGUCGGAGCAAGAGUGCGCCUCGCAUUCUAGACCCGGGCAUUCCCGCACCAGCAGCGUGAGCAGCGACGACUCCAGCGCCUCCGACAGCUCAAAAGAGAAGAGGCAAAGGAAGAAGCGAGAAAAGGCGGAAAAGAAGGAACGGAAAAGGGUCAAGAAGGAAAACAAGAAGAAGGGCAGCCUCGCGAUUGUCAUUGCGCCCGCUUUCUAUGCUUCCUCGCUGCCCCGGGCUGGAUCCUAGUUGUCAUCAUUUGCGACGUGCAGAUCCAUACUUGGCCACGUUUCCUUGACCGAGUGUGUGCUACCGAUGACUGCUUGCCCGACGCAGGCGCAUACAGUCUGAGGAGAGCCCAGAGAGUAUCAGCAGCGAGAGCAGUAGAGUUGCGUCAAGUAGACUUGUACAGGCAGCGUGAAGCAGCAAGCAGACAGACAACCAAUGGCUAAAACUUCACGUGGCAUCUUUGAUGCGAUAAGUUACUCGGUGUAUCUAAACGCAGAGGCCCC